CCGAUACGGCCUACUGAGAAGUUGUGCCCCCAUUACUAAUGACAACGUUUUCCAUUUACAUUAAUUCGGAAACUGUUAAUACAAGUACAUAAAAUACAUGAGAUGUGACGAAUAGCUGUAUGAAUAAAACAGGAAGUGAAUGCGCCUAUAGAAAUACUCAUUGUACAAGAGGUGUUGGAAAAACAUGCUUGAUGAAAACUUACGUAGAUAAUUCUUUCCCGUCAGAAUAUGUACCAACUGUGUUCGAUAAUUAUACUGCCGUUCUGUCUGUAGAAGGGCAACGUAUCAACUUAGGCUUGUGGGACACUUCCGGCCAAAGUAAUUAUGACAGACUAAGACCACUUGCAUACCCACAGACGGAUGUGUUUCUGUUGUGUUUUGCAGUCGAUAGUCGUGAUUCUUAUGAUAAUUUAAAGCAGCGGUGGGUUCCGGAAGUUCGACAUCAUUGUCCAUCAACUCCAAUUAUUGUAGUGGGUACGAAACUUGACAAAAGGGACAGCAGUGUUGAUCAUGACAAGAACUUUGUCUCAAAUAGCCGAGGUGUUCAUUUAAUGAAAGAAAUUGGUGCAAGACGUUAUUUGGAGUGUUCGGCAUUAACUCAAAAAGGGGUGACAACUGUGUUCGAAGAAGCUGUAAAAAUUGCCCUUGAGCCACCUCCUAAGAAAAAGAAUGAAAUUUGUUCUUUAUUUUACCAAAGUGUACUUAGUAGUGUUUCGCAGAUGGCAGCUGAGGCCAACAUUAAAUGUGUUGUAAUAGGAGAUGGAAAUGUUGGAAAGACAUGUUUGGCAAAAACUUACGUAAACAAUUCUUUCCCGCCGGAAUAUACUAAUCCAACUGUGUACGAUAAUUAUACUGCUGUUCUAACCAUAGAAGGACGACGUUUCAAUUUAGCCUUAACGGACACUGCCGGUAAAGAAGAUUAUGACAGAUUAAGACCGUUGUCAUACCCACAAACGGAUGUGUUUCUGCUGUGUUUUGCAGUCGAUAGUCGUGAUUCUUACGAUAAUGUAUGGGAAAAGUGGGCUCCGGAAGUUCUACAUUAUUGUCCAUCAACACCAAUUAUUUUAGUGGGUACGAAACUUGACGAAAGAGAGAGCCAUGUUGAUCGUGACAAGAAAUUUGUUUCAAAUUAUGAACAAGGUGUUUAUUUAAUGAAAAAAAUUGGUGCAAGGCGUUAUUUGGAGUGUUCGGCAUUAGCUCAACAAGGGGUGACAACUGUGUUCGAAGAAGCUGUAAAAAUUGCGCUUGAGCCACCCCCUAAGAAAAAGAAAAAUAAGUGUUCAUUAUUUUAGCCAGUGAUGUGUUUCAAGAAAAAAGAAAGCAAGACUCAUUAGUUUAUAGGAAAAAGUCUAGAAGUUUGUAACAAUAAGGAUAAGUUAGACGAAGUCUCAUUAUGAUUUGCUAAUUCUCAUCACAUGUUUUAUAAUACCAGUAAAAUCACAGCCGUGACAAAAGCUUUCUUUUGUUAAGCUUACCUUUAAAUAUAAAUGCUUGUUAAAGUUGUCACUGACUUUGUGCAGUUUACAUUUAAGCAUCUAGUUUGUAUCAAACUGUAUGAUCUGUCGUUUACUUUUUAUUAUAGUUUUUAUUAUAAAGGAGACUAACAAUAUGGAAGGAUUGUAUGGGUUGCUGUUAGUCAGUAGCCUUGCCAUAAAACUUUCUUGAAAUAUAUAACGUGUGAAAAAAAAUAUGAUUACUAAAGUUAAACAAACUACUCAGUCAAAGUUGGAAACAAAAUCUUACUUCUUUUAAAACCAAUGUGGUAUAAAAAAUGUGUUCGACAUUGAUAUAUUACAACAAAUCUGACAUCGGGUAUGAUGUCAUUUUAUUCUUUUUAGUUGGGAAGGGGACAUAACUGUUAUAAAUACUGAUAUAAAUAGUUAUGAAAUAAUAUGGCUGUGAGAAGCGUUAUAAAAUGGUUUCAACGCACAAUAAAAGAAUCACACGAUAAUUGAUCACCAACAUUAGGUUAGUAAGGGCGUGACGGAUAAAAUCUUGCCACGACAAUUUGCCUAAUUAACCAAUUAAUCCAGCUGCUACCCACUUUUCGCAAAAUUUCAUCAAACUUACAUUUAGUAUUUGAUCCACCUUUUCUUGUUUGUUUUGUACUCAUAGCCUGCAUGUCAAGCUUUGUCGUCUAUAAGCUGUGUGUGUGUGUGUACGUGUGUGUGUACGUGUGUGUGUGUGUGUGUGUCUGUCUGUCUGUGUGUCCGUGCGGCACCAAACAAAUGUCUAGAUUAUAUGAUAAACCUCACAAAAAGAAACCUCAAACUACCUAUAGAAAUCGACUAUUUGGAUAUAAUUCCAUUAGAACAGUAAAAAUGUACAUUAUGCAAUCAAAGCAUAUUAAUAAUUAGCAUAUAAUAAUCAAUUUAAACAGGAAAAAUAUAUCAGCAAAUUGUCUAUAGAAAUCCUAAUUAAUAUAUUAAAAAUUUGACAAAAAAAGAAAAACACAGAUCCGUUAAAGCACGUGCCAUGUACGUUAAUAUAGACCAUUUUUGAAAGUAGGGUUAAUAUUAAUCGCUUUGUUGAUUUCUAAAGGAUGUUGUAAUAUCAUUUUGUUUUCUUUAUAAUUAUGAAAAUAUUAUGCCAAGCAUUUAUUUUUAGUGUAGAUAUGCAACAGCCAUACAGUUUUUGUACCUCGUAUAUUUUUCCCAUUGUAUAUUCUUUAGCCUCAUAGUUUCAUGUAUCAUGUAUUGUGUGAAAUAAUAAAAUUUUGAAAUCUUG